UUUUAUUGCCAAAAUGGUUGUGAGCAGUGAAUUGGAUUCAUCAUGCCGUCGUGCUCGAACUGCAUUCAACCGUGAGCAGUUGACAGUUUUGGAAAAGGAGUUUGAUAAGGAAAUGUAUUUACAGCCAUCACGUCGCCGGGAAUUGGCCAUCCAACUAAAAAUUUCGGAAUCAACUAUUAAGGUUUGGUUUCAAAACCGACGCAUGAAAGACAAACGCCAACGCCAACUCAAUUGGCCAAUCAAAGCUGUUUAUAACGAUCCAACAUUCGCUGCUUCGUUGCUUCAAGCAGCGGCCACUUCAGUCAGCAUGCCAUACUACGUUCCAACCCCAAUAAUCCCACAAAUACCGAUAGUCACUCCAUUGACCCAAAUCCCAUCGGCUGCCGUGAAUGCUUACGCAUACGGCUACCGGUACUCUCCAUACCAGAUACCGCAACGAAACUCAACAAACAUUUCAGCUCAUUCACACGCAUUACCUUCAACGACACACCCAAGUGGACCCAUAUUUAUGAGAGGUUAUCUUGGGAAUGGUUUGAACGACUCAUUUGGAAGUGAUUAUUUAAAAAGUCCAAGCUCACCAAUAUCGCUACUAUCUGUGUCACCUGUAUCCGAACCAAAUCCACGAGAUGCGCUUCAUCGAAUCAGUCACCAUAAAAACAGCCACAAUAACAACAACAAUAUUGGCGAAACAACGAUAAUCAAAUUGGAGAUGCCAAAAUUAUUCAAACCAUACAAAUCAGAAGAAUAA